AUGGAUAAUUCUUAUACCACCGUUUGUGAAUUGUUGGAUAAAUUGACCGAGACUAAUGAAGCACGGCACACUAGAGAUGCAGAAAUAGGUGGAGGAAAUUCCUCCAAAAAUGUGCUCACUCAUGAGAUGAUUAAGAAGGAGGAAGAGAGAGAUGAAUCCAUGGCCAAACUUGUCACCCAAAUGGAUCUUCUUACAAAACAUGUCAUGGGUGGCGGAAGCAAAAAAGUGAAUGCGGUAGAAUCUUAUGAAGGGGGUUCUCCGGAUGAGCAAUGUUUCCAAAUGUAUGAUGAGGAGGCAAGUUAUGUCAACAAUCUAAGGGAGGGUUCCCGUCCGAACUACCAAGGUCCGAGUCAAGGAUCUUGGCGGCAAGGUCAAGGGAAUCAAGGUUGGAACAAAGAUCAAGGUCACUCUAAUUGGAGAGAUAAUCGUGACAACAAUCAAGGGGGUUACAACAAUAACUACAACAAUCAUCAGAGCUCAAAUCCGUAUGUCCCUCCAAAGUGUAAUCAACCAAGCUCUAGUCAACCACCCACUAGCGAUCCCGCUAGUUCAAAAAUUGAAGAUAUGUUGUCAAGGGUGUUGAAGAAAGUGGAAUCCACCGAUGCCUUUUGCAAGGAGAUUAGAGAUGAGGUUAAAUCAAUAGGGCAAGUUGUGAGUUCACACUCCACCUCCAUUAAACAAUUGGAGUCUCAACUUGGCCAAAUCCCGGCUAUCCUAAACCAAAGGCAAAAAGGCUCACUCCCUAGUGAUAUAGUUGCAAAUCCAAGGAAUGAUGGUGAUCAUAAAUGCAAUGCAAUUACUACUAGGAGUGGCAAAACAAUUGGGGAAGAGGCGUUGGUGAAAGAGGAUGUGUUGGGUGACGAUGAGAAAAUAGUUGAAGAACCCAUGGUUGUUGAAGAAGAAGUGAACCCAAAGAAUACGAGGGCUAGUAUUGACAAGCCCAUUGUUGUUGAGGACCCUCCGAAAAUUAAUGAUGCUUCAAAAAACAAGGAAGCGGUGGAGGAGGUACCAAGGGCUUCACCGCCCGUUAUGAAGCCUCCUCCUCCUUUUCCCCAACUAUUGGCAACGAAAGCGGACGAUGGAAAAUUCCUCAAGUUUAUCUAA